CGCCUCUUCCUAUGACAUUAUACCCGCCAGGAUCAACUCCUCCAUUCUAGUCACUACCGUAGGGGAGCACCAUGGUGUCGGCAGGCAGUGCCUCGUACUUCCAGAGAACUGGCAUCGUGUGGAUGGCUGUCAUCUCCCUGGCCAUGGGCUUCUUCACGUGGACAGUUUUCUGGCCUACACAAGUCCCGUAUGAGCAGCUAGGACCUCUAGGAUUAUUUGCACAGUUCAUGGUUAAGAAUCACUACAGAGCAUUAUAUAUUGGGUUUUGGUUAGCGUGGGCCGUGCACAUUUGCGAGGCUUUAUACAGUUUACGAGUCUGCAGCAAUAAAGGGAUCACCGACUCUGGAGCCAGAAUGCUGUGGCUUGUACAAACCUUCCUUUUUGGAAUAGCCUCUCUCCGUCUCCUCCUUAGAUACAACCCAGGAAAGAAACUAAGAUAAGCCAGGAGGAAAGCCUGGACAUUGAAUCGAGACCAAUGUGCUUCCUGGGUUAUUACAUGGUUAACCCUUUAUCAGUACCAGGGACCUAUUAUGUAAAAUCCUACUAGAUCUUGUCUUUUUUCAAGUCAAUCAACAUGAUGCCUCAAUAAUAAUCCAAUGUUUAUUAAUCAGUCAAAGUUAGGAAACAAAGAGAGAAUUCUGAUGCUGGGAUGAGGAAACCUACUAGUUGAAGGGCUCAUGCACAUGACCAUGAUUGGCCCAGGAAACACUGUGCCUGUGUCUGCUGGAUUUCCUGGGCCGACCGUGGCUCCCCUGAACUGACUGCAUCAGUUUAGUACAAGAGAUCCACGAUCAGAUAUGAACUGACUGCAUCAUAAAACAGUAAGAUAAGUUCAGGGGAGCCGUGGUCAGCCCAGGAGAUCCGGCAGACACACGAAUGAACCACAAAUGGUUACCUUAUGAAAAUCAUUUAAUAGUAUAUCCUGUGUGUGAGCUGAUUCUGGAUUCUAGACAAUAAACUACGAUUCUUGUCUAAA